AUGGCGCUCAAGAAGAAGCGGACAGCCAAGAGCCUGUCUCAUGGCCGCCCACCAACUGUACAGAGGCCCAAGUCCAUCUCCCGCAAAGCCACGAGGACUCUGAUCAACUCGCAUCAUGUGCUCGAGAAACGGAAGGCGCAGGCCAUCCUGAAGGGCGAUAAGGCCGAGGAGGCCGCCAUUGAGAAAGAAAUCUCGGCCUUGGGCGGCAUCAAGAGUUAUCAGCAGGCUAGCCUUCAGGGGCAGCGGAAUGAUCGCGGGGGAGACAGCUCAAAGGUGCUCAUGGAAUGGCUGGAGGCUGCUCACCCGGCUCUCAAGGAGAAGGCGUCGGCAGGCGAUUCUUUGCGCCUUCUAGAGGUAGGUGCAUUGAGCACCACCAACGAAUGUUCCAAGAGCGGGCUGUUCUCCAUGUGCAGGAUCGACCUCAACAGCCAAGCAGAGGGCAUCCUGCAGCAGGACUUCAUGCAACGCCCGCUUCCACAGGAUGACGAGGAAAAGUUUGACAUUAUCAGCUUGUCAUUGGUCGUCAACUUCGUCCCGGAUGCCCAAGGGAAAGGGAACAUGCUCCUCAGGACCCUCGACUUCCUCAAGGACCCGGACUGCCUUGCAUCUACCGAGAUGGGCGACUUCUUCCCAAGCCUCUUCCUGGUCUUGCCUGCUCCUUGUGUGACCAAUUCGCGCUACAUGGAUGAGGAUCGACUGGAUUCCAUUAUGGAAUCCCUAGGUUAUACCAAGACCAGAUAUAAGCUAACCCAAAAGCUGGUUUACUAUCUCUGGACGAGGAAACGCCUUCCAAUACCCCGAAGGAAGUUUACGAAGACGCAGACUCGGACCGGAGCAUCGAGGAAUAACUUCGCGAUCGUACUUCGUACUUCACCAGGUUGA